AACAGUCCGACUAUACUAUUAAGCCCUUUUCCCUUAUCUUACUGCAUUUUCCACCGAGACUUGUCGGCAACUUUAUCCAACCAAAGUUAAUUUUAUUACACCGACUCAAAUCUCAACACUCAAAUACCAGCUUUGUUCAGUUGUGUUGAUGAAAAACAAGUUCAAUUAAAGAUGUCUUCUUCAACUUCAACUUCAAGCUCAAGCUCAGGUGAGAUUUUGGUGGUGCCCAAAAUUGCGCAAGGCCAUCUCUUCCCUUGUAUUGAGAUCUGCAAACUCCUCCUCUCCCGAAAUUACAGCAUUACCCUUCUUGUUGAUUCCGAUAUUACUUCUUCUAUCCCUUCCUCUCUCCUCCAUUCCCCUCUCUUCCAUUUCCAACUCACCAAAGACAUUCAUGGGUGGUAUCUCCAACGUGACCCGGGGGUUACGACCCGACCCAUCUGUGCCAUCAUAGACCACAUCAUCAACAAGAACGCCCACCAUGUUUUCUCCGAAUUCUCCAUCCCCACUGUGGUUUUCAUCACUUCUGGAGCCUGCUGGGCCGCCGUCCAGCACGCUAUUUGGGUUGUCCGACCCGGAGACAUGACACCCGGCGAUGUUCGGACUCUACCCGGGUUACCCGAAGACAUGGUUCUCAAGUAUUCGGAUCUUAAGCAAAGGCGUCAUUGGAUGAAGAUGGGGGGCCCUCCUCAUAAACAAAAGGAGGGCCCACGAGGUGAUGUUGGUGGUGGUCGUGGUGGUGGUGGCGGCGGUGGUCCUCCACGUGGCCCACCUUUUCCGGGUGAGCCUGCUCCUUGGGUGGAAGAAGUGGAAUCCGCUGCAGCAAUUUUGAUCAACACGUGUGAUGAUCUCGAGCGUCCAUUUCUCGAUUACGUGGCGAACUUGACACGCAAGCCUGUUUGGGGUGUGGGUCCCUUGUUGCCUGAUCAGUAUUGGGAGUCUUCGGACUCGUUGCUGCUCCGGGUCCAGGACCAAGAGAUCCGACCCAGUAAAGAAUCCAAUUACACUGAGGAGCAGGUAAUUGAAUGGUUGGAUCAGCAGCCACGUGGGUCUGUGGUGUAUGUGUCAUUUGGGAGUGAAGUGGGUCCUACAAUGGAGGAGUACCCUGAGCUGACUAAGGCAUUGGAGGAGUUGACCGGGUCAAACUCAUUCAUAUGGGUCAUCCAAAAGAAAUCUGAUUAUUUUCCAAACGGGUUGGAUGGGAAAGUAGGGAAGAAGGGUUUGAUAAUACACGGGUGGGCACCACAGUUGUUGAUAUUGAGUCAUCCAUCAACAGGUGGAUUUGUUUCUCAUUGUGGUUGGAACUCUACUGUAGAGGCAAUUGUGCGUGGGGUCCCACUCUUGGCAUGGCCCAUUAGGGGUGACCAAUACUAUAAUGCCAUGUUGGUGGUGAAUCAUCUUAAGGUGGGGGCCAUGGUCUCAGAGAAAUACCCAGCUGAUAUGGUAAACAAAGAUGAUAUAUUGGGUGGGAUGCAGAGGGUUUUGAAAGACAAUGAGAUCAGAAGGCAGUCUGAGAUACUUGGUGCCAAGUUUGAGCAAGGCUUUCCAGCAAGCUCAUUGGCCUCCUUGGAUGCUUUUAGCGAUUUUGUCAAACAUAAAGCAGCGGCGUAGCUUUUCUUAUAUUGGUCGCCUUGUAAUCCAGACAUAUGUACUUCUGAGGUUCAAAUCUCAGCUACUUUGCAUAUAUAUCUAUAAAUUUCAUUUGCAAUA